AUGGCUUCCGACGACAAAAAACCCAAUGUGACCAACGAUGUUGCGUCGGCCACAGAUGGCGAGGCAGACGUCGUCAGCGUCCCCAAAGUACCGCCUCGGUAUGCCGACGAAAGCUUCAAGCUGUUCUCCAAAGUCCAGGUGGACGAUCCGACGCCGGAAGAAGCCUUACGGAUCAAGAAGAAACUCAUCUGGAGGAUCAUCCCCUUUCUCUGCGUCGGGUAUCAUCUGAUGUAUGUGGACAAACAGACGCUGGGAAGUUCGGCCAUUCUGGGCAUUCUGAAGGACAACCAUCUCAACGCCAACCAGUAUAAUUGGCUUUCGUCCAUUUUUUACUUUGGCUAUCUCCUUGCCGAAUGGCCCCAGAACUGGGCUCUGCAACGGUUUCCUGUGGGGAAGUGGUUGGCAGCAAAUCUCAUCUUGUGGGGAGGAAUCGUCUUACUUCAUAUUCCCUGCCAGAACUUUGCAGGGCUUUUCGUGGUCCGGUUCUUUUUGGGCACCGCUGAAGCAUGUAUCGUGCCUGCGUUCCUGUUGACCCUUUCCAUGUUCUUCACCUACCAAGAACAGGCAUGGCUCAUGCCGGUCAUGUGGGCUGCCGGAAACUCGAGCCCUAUCACCUCCGGCUUAUUGUCUUACGGUGUCCUUUGGAUCAAGACCGGCCACUUUGCACCGUGGAAAUGGUUCAUGGUCAUCACCGGCGCCAUAACCGUCGUCUUCGGCGUUGCUGUCUGGCUGUUCUUCCCAGAUAGUCCUCUCCAUGCGCGGUUCCUGACGCCGGAGGACCGUGCCAAGGCCAUCCUUCGAAUCAAGGAGAAUCACUCUGGGAUCGAACACAAACGCUUCAAGAAAUACCAGUUCAUCGAGGCCGUCAAAGAUCCCAAGACAUGGCUCUUUUUCUUGCACGCAUGGAGUCAGGAAAUGGCCAAUGGACUCACCAACCAGUACUCGCUCAUCAUCAAGUCAUUUGGAUUCUCAACGUUGCAGACUACAUUACUGGGCUGCGUGACGGGCCUCGUGGCGCUGGGUUCGCUUGGGUUUGCAGCAUUCUUCCUCAAUAGGACGAAAGACUGUCGCGCAUGGAUCUCCGUGGCCGCUUACGUCCCCGCAGUGGUGUCCAACAUCCUCCUCCUGGCCCUGCCAUGGUCGAACAAAUGGGGACUGGUCACCGGUAUAUGGCUGCGGUCGACGGUGGGCAUCCCAUAUGCCGUGGUCAUGAUCUGGGCGGCCAACAACUCGGCCGGCCAUACCAAGAAGACGACCGUGAUUGCUCUAUAUCAUGUCGGAUAUGGUCUCGGGAACAUCCUUUCGCCGCAGUUGUUCAGACCUAGUUGGGCUCCAAGAUACUAUGCGACAUGGGCUAUCAUCCUCGUGGUCGCUUGCAUCAUUCCGGCCACCGAUAUCCUCGUUCUCCAAUGGUAUCUCGUCCGCGAGAACAAACGCCGCGAUGCGCUCGAGGCCGCGUCCAAAGUCGCACACCGUGGGAUUGUUGAAGAUGUCGAGGUUGACGGUACCAAGAGGCAGACCGUUGUGUCAAACAAUCAGCUCGAUUUGACGGAUAGAGAGAACUUGGAGUUUCGCUAUGUUUUGUAG